GCCUUGAAAUGAUAUUCGAGGUCAUGGACUGUCCAGACCGCUAUCGUGUUUUGUGCGUACAGCUUCAACUGACCGGUGAUGCUCGACUCUGGUGGAGUGCUUACUGGAGUAUGCGACCCGGCAAAAAGGACGGUUGUACUUGGGAUGGGUGGAAGGAGUUGAUUCGUGAGAAGUACUAUCCCACGUAUUACCGAGCAGAGAUGGAGCGUCAGUUCCUGGCGCUCAGACAAGGUACUCGUUCUGUUGAUGAGUACGAGAGAGAGUUUACCCGACUCGGGGCCUUUGUUCCCGAUUUAGUAAGUAUAGAAGCGAAGAGAGCUCAUCGUUUUAUUGAUGGAAUUCUCCCAGCAGUCCGUCACAACAUCGUAGGUCACGGCGUCCAGACCUAUGCCCGCACAGUCGCCAUUGCUCAAGAAGUGGAUGCCAGUAUCCGACGAGAAGCUAUUCCGAUUCCAGCCAAGUCAGUUGCCCAACCGCCUAUCCAACUUGUAGCUGCCCAACAACCAAAGAAGCAAAACAAGAGGAAAUGGAAAGGACCCCAGGAUGAUCGCAAGAACCGCCCCAGACAACAACAGACUCCACCUUGUGCUACCUGUGGACGACGCCACCACGGAGAAUGCCUUGUGGGCCAGAACAUCUGUUUCUUCUGUCGCCAGCCCGGCCAUAUCAGCCCCAACUGCCCAGAACGACUGCAACAACAACAGCCACCUCAGCAACCUCAACCUCAACAGCAACCCAGGCAACAGCCACCACGACCCCAACAACAGCAACGCGGCAGACAGCAGGCCCGUGUCUUUGCAGUUGACCAGAGGGAGGCCGACCAGCACCCAGGUACCAUGUCCGGGAUGAUUGUUCUUAAUGAUGUGCCUGUUUAUGCCUUAUUUGACACCGGAGCGACCCAUUCUUUUAUAUCACGCCGAUGUCUCGAAGUUAUAGGAGUUCAUUCUAUUACCACUGUCGAUCCUCUUGAGGUGAGUUUAGACUCGGGACGAAAGAUAGUGACUGAUGCUAGAGCCACCAAUCUCAGCCUUUCCAUCGGCGGUCGUAUUUUGACUUCUGAUGCUUAUGUCAUCGAGAUGAGGGAUUUUGACCUCAUACUCGGUAUGGAUUGGCUAACACGUUUUCAUGCAGAUAUCCGAU